UUCGCAUAACUUAGUAUCGCCACGCGUAUUGUCCACCGAUCGGCGAUAUUUUUGCAGCGAAUGGGGAAAUCGUGCUGCUGUUGCUGCUGCUGCUGCUGCCUGCUACUGCCCGCAGACCAUUGACAGAGUCGGCACGAACUUGAUGGUAUUCUCGAAUUUGAAUAAACGCUGCUGCUGUUGCUGCUGCUGUUGAUCUCCUACUCCGGAGCCGAACAUUUUCUUUUCGGAUUUCUACGUACAGAGAAGAUGUGAGGAUUGACGCGCAUACAUCUCGCUCUUGCUCGAUCUGUUUGCAAUAAUCGCAUUCAAUUUUUGGUCCUCCAUGUACAGAUGGAAGUGUGCAAGUGUCGUUGAUAAGUAUAAAAGGACCGAGCGCACCUCUGUUUAGCAUUGUAUAUGUUAGUACUAUAGUCGCAUUCCUUUCCCGAGGCUGCCCGCUGUGAUUGGUCGAAGCCACGUGACGUCACGCCCUGUAACCGCUCAAGAUAAUGUGGUAUUCAACAUGGCCGAGUAGUUAGUAGUGUGUGUACCAGUUGCUGUGGAUUUGUUCGGUUUAAAUAGUGAAUAAUGCCAAGGAAAAGAAAUGGUGAAAUACCUUUGCCCGAAGGAUGGGAUUUUGCGAGGGAUUAUGAUGGAAAAGUGUAUUUUAUUGACCACAACUCGAAGAAAACUACGUGGAUUGACCCGCGGGACAGGUACACAAAACCCCAAAGUUUUGCGGAUUGUAUAGGAAAUGAAUUGCCACUGGGAUGGGAAGAAGCAUUCGACGGUCAGAUCGGACCAUAUUACAUUAACCAUGUAAAUCAAUGCACUCAGCUCGAAGAUCCACGGCAGGAAUGGCGUGCGAUACAAGAAGCUAUGCUACGUGAUUACCUGCAAACUGCUCAAGAUGUUUUAGAGGCCAAAAAAGAUAUUUAUAAUAUAAAGUCACAAAGGUUAAUUUUAGCACAAGAUGAAUACGAUCAUUUAAAUAAUGCUCUCAUCACACUCACUACAUCAAGAACCAGUUUGUGUUCCUCGUCGAGUAGUGUAAGUACAAAGUAUGAUCCAGAUUUGUUAAAGUCAGAUGUGGCGAUGGCGAAGAACAGGGUUUCGCGAUUGAAAUCGGAAUUGGAGCAAAUCAGAACAGAGAUGAACUACACGCAGCGAGGCGUAGAUACACUAUCAAAUGUUGAACAAAAACUGAGUACACACCAAGGAGCAUGUUACAAUAUAGCAGAGGCGCAAGCGAUAAUGGUAGAAUUGAGGAAUAUACAGAAAUCCUUGUCGUCGGGUGAGAAGGAGCGAGCAGAACUGAUGCAGUCUCUGGCUAAGCUCAAAGACGAUCUGACCAGAUUGCAAUUGUGCGAAAGUUCGCCGGACGUUUCGACGCUUAGCUUGCCUCAAGAGAAACUGAGUACCGCGUCCCAAACUGAUUUGUCGUGCGAAUUGGUCUCGGUCGGUACUCGACUUGCUGAAAUGGCGAAAAUGAGAUUAGAAUAUGACGAGGCGAGGAAACAAGUACAAAGUAUACAGCAGAAGUUGGCGGAUUUGGAGGAGAAAGUGCAACCGGGCCAGGAGGAAUCCGACAAAGACAGGUUGCUGCUGUUCCAAGAGAAGGAGCAGCUGCUGAGGGAGUUGAGAAGUAUAACGCCGAGAACGCGUUCGAAAGAGGAGAUGAACGGUAUACAAAUGGAGUGCAAGAGGCUGGAGGAAGAUUUGAAUAAAGCAAUGGAAAUGUCGAACAGAGCAAUCGCGGAUAGGGUUCGAUUGCACGAAGAGAAGCAACUCUUGCUGCAGCAGUUGCGUGACGCGUUGAGGUCUAUGACGCAAUUAGAAUCCCAAUUGAAAACACUGUCUGUCAGCACGUUGUCUGUGAGCAGCAGUUCUAGUCUAGGUUCCCUUUCCACGACGAGUAGUAAGGGUUCAUUGAGUUCUGGCCUCAGUUUCACGGACAUCUACGGUGGUCCGCAAUGCAUGGGCUCCGUAAAUGUAGACAAACCUGUCGAUAUGGUUGAUCUGCACAGGCGGGUCGAAAGGCUACUGAAGGGAAGCACCGACAGCACCGUAAACACACCGUCAACGGGAAGAUCUCAACCAUCAUUAUCACCGCGAAGUUCAUUAUCUUCGGUCUCUCCACCAAUUUCGCCUAUGUACGAGAACAUACCAUGCACGCAGCCACCACCCGCAUACGAACAAAUCGAAAUCGACAUAAGACUGCAAGAACUGAAACUGUCCAACGAAUUCAUACAGAGGAUACCCAUUGCAAACCUAUCGCCAUUAACUGAUUUCGAUCAUGUUAAUAAUAUGUCGCAAGGCUCGGGUUUGGGCAGACCCACGAGGUUGUCGUAUGAGAACAAUCCGGACCCGCCGUUAUCACCUAUUUCCGAAACACCGCCUCCUCUAUUAGACAACGACGAAGGUUUACAAGUGAUCACGCUUUCACGCACUUCUUCAUCGGGUACCAACACUAGAUCGGUUUCGGCUGCAGUAAGUGAUGAAUCCGUCGCUGGAGAUUCAGGCGUUUUCGAAGCUUCCAACAGGAAACGGGCGUCUGGAUUCUUUGGCGCCGAAGAUGUUUUGGAUACGGCGCAGAUACAGAUCAAGUUGCGCUAUAUUUUCAACGAAAACCUUUUACACGUCUGUUUCGAGCGUGCGCGGAAUUUGGCUGCACUAUUGAUACAGGAGCCUUCAGAAGUGUACAUCAAAGCAAUGCUACUUCCAAAUACGCCGUCAACGGUGUGUUGCACGAAACCCGUCAAAGACUUAAAGAAACCUACUUUUGGUGACAUCUUUAAUUUAUCAGUACCUUUGAAGAAGAUUUGCACGAAGACGUUACAAAUUAAUGUAUGGAGCAAAUACGAGAACAACCAAGAGAAGUGUGUGGGUUGCGCACAAGUGAGUUUGGCAGAUUUCAAUCCACAAAAUAUUUCACAAAAAUGGUACAACAUACUCAGUCUCCAAUGCAUGGCGGACCCUGCAGAAGACAAAUCAUUGCAUACAAAACAAGAUUCUGAUUCAUCGUUAUAUAAGGAUAAGGCUGAAGGUGAAAUGGUCUUAUACCGACAUAUGUUAGGUUUGAAAGAAGAGAGUUCGGACGAUUCAACGAUCAUUUCGUCGCAAACAUCAACACUGACGCGAAACCAGGAUUGUGAAGCGUUCCAACCUGCCGCCGUUAACAUAAACUUCGAUGAAUUAGUCAAUUGUUUAGAAUAUAGUGAUAAUAGUGAUGAGGAGGAAGAGGAAGAGGAGGAGGAGGUGGUGGAAGGAGUAGAAGAGGAGGAAGGUGUCACUGUAGAAUUUAGACCGAACGAAAAAGCGGAAGACACACUGGAACAAAUCUAUCUAGAAUUUUCCGAUGCACAGACAAACACGGAAUGUGCCUUCUAUCCAGAGCAUGCCAAGCAGAUGAAACUAGGCGUAUCUAGCAUGGACGACAGAGGCGUAAUCAAGAGGUCCCAGACUUUUUCGCCGAGCGCAGAGGUCACGAAGAACUACAUCUGCAAACUGAACAGAAGCGACAGUGAUAGUGCGAUGCCGCUGUAUAGGAAGGGCACGAAUCCAUUCCAACGGAAUGCCGUCGAGAGACGAUCAUUGCGUUUCAGGCGGCAAUCGAAUUCGAUGGCAUCGUUAUCCAAUAAAUCACCGAAUAUGCCGAUCACUGCUCGAACCUCGAUCGAUCUUGAAUUGGAUCUGCAGGCUCAGCACACGAGACUUCAUGUGCUUAACUCGGACUUGAUUCGAUUGCGCGAAUUGAAGCAACGAUUGGAAAGCGCACGGGAACAGGGAGACUCGGAAACUGCGGCCUGGGUCCUCGAGGAUCCUCAAUUUUUGAAUUUGGUGGCACAGGCUGAAAGUGAACGACUUUCAAAAACUGCCGAAGAGAAGAAAAUUGAGAAGAGGUUGCAUAAAGUUUCCAAAGAGAUUUACAAGUUGAGGAAAACUAAAGCUGGCAACGGAAAACCCGAUAUUAUUUCGUUCAAGGAAAAAAUGGCGUUCUUCACUAGAGUAAAUUCAAAAGUGCCGUUCUUGCCUUCGGAGCAGUGCCAUUUAGAGCCAAGCAGUAUAGGAGAAAAAGCAGAGGAUUGUUGCAUACUGUCUGAGGAUAAAAGGAGUCGAGAUAAAGCUGACGGAAUCGAGAGGGACGAUAGCAAAGAUGAGCAGAUUCGAUACGAGUAUGUCGUUGACCGGGAAUUUGGGGUUGAAGUAUAAUAUACAUUAUUAUACACAGGGUGUUUCAAAAAAAUAUUUCUCACCGGAUUUCGAAUCCAUUCAGGAAUUGAAAUUCCAAAAAAAAUACGAAAGAUAAGCUUGUUGAUGAUAGUAAUUGUUUUAAUCUUGCAGUGAAGGACAUUGAACGAAAUUGAGAGAGAAGAAAGAAA